UAGUACAGUAAACAGUCCACAAUGGCAUGAAUGAAUUCAUCGAUAGGCGUCUGAUUUGAAUAACCAGCGGUUGUGAAGAUUUGUUGUGAUUUAUUAAAAGGAUAUAUUGCAUUUCAACACAUGACUGGAUGUAGUGUUGACCGAAGGCACUUGAUGGAGCACAAAAGACAAGUUAUUUCGCGUGGUCUACACGUUCAGUGACAUUUCUGCUGUCCCUUUAAACACACAAUUUCGGAUUAUUUUGUAAGCCUCUGCAUUUAAGCCCAGCUGUCAGAGAUGGACGGCAUUGGGAACAGCAUGCAGAAGAAAGCUGCCGAGCUGGAGCGCUUGGCCGAAGUCCUCAUUACCGGAGAGCAGUUACGGUUGCGACUCCAUGAAGCUAAGGUGAUUAAAGACAGGAGGCAUCAUCUCCGCACCUACCCAAACUGCUUUGUGGCCAAGGAAAUUAUUGAUUGGUUAAUUGAGCACAAAGAAGCAUCUGAAAGAGAAACUGCAAUCAAGAUCAUGCAGAAACUUCUUGACCAGAGCAUUAUUCAUCAUGUUUGUGAUGAGCACAAGGAGUUCAAAGAUAUGAAGCUGUUCUACCGUUUUAGGGUAGAUGAUGGGACUUUUCCACUGGAUAACGAAGCCAAAGUUUUCAUGAGAGGCCAACGCAUAUAUGAGAAGUUGAUAAACACUGAAAACUCUCUGUUACAAGUACGUGAUGAGGAGGAGGUGCCAUACGAGCGGACGCUAGUGGCAUCAGAGUUUAUAGACUGGCUGCUGCAGGACGGUGAAACGGCCACCAGAGAGGAGGCUGAGCAGUUAGGACGCAGACUCCUGGAGCACGGCAUCAUUCAACACGUUUCCAACAAGCAUCACUUCAUGGAUGGUGGGCUGCUUUACCAAUUCAGGAUGAAUUUCCGCCGACGGCGACGAUUGAUGGAGCUGUUAAACGAUCGUUGCCGAAGCAUCCCGGAGAACCACGACAGCCCGUUCUGUCUGCGCAAGCAGGCCUCCGAAGGGGGAAACACCAGCUUCCUCUCAGUGAGCCCCACUAAAGAGAUCAAGGUGGUGUCGGCAGUGAGGCGAAGCAGUUUGAGCAACAGCUGUGGCAGCAGCGGUUACUAUAGCAGCAGCCCCACCCUUAGCAGCAGCCCACCUGUCCUCUGCAACCCCAAAUCAGUGUUGAAGAGACAAGUGAGCCCAGAUGAACUUCAGGCUCCUGGAGGACUUUACAUAAAGAAGACAUUCACAAUUGUGGGUGAUGCAGUGGGCUGGGGGUUUGUGGUGAGAGGAAGUAAACCCUGCUACAUUCAGGCUGUGGACCCCGGGGGCCCGGCUGCAGCUGCGGGAAUGAAGGUGCGUCAGUUUGUGGUGUCAGUUAAUGGACUGAGCGUGCUCAAUCUGGACUACAGGUCUGUCAGUAAUCUUAUCCUCACUGGUCCUAGAACAGUGGUAAUGGAAGUUAUGGAAGAAGCGGAAUGCUGAAGACAUGCUCUCUCUCUCUCUCUCUCUCUCUCUCUCUCUCUCUCUCUCUCUCUCUCUCUCUCUCUCUCUCUCUCUCUCUCUCUCUCUCUCUCUCUCUCUCUCUCCUAUAUAAAUGCUCUGUUGCGCUGGUGUGCUCAGAGAAGAGUGACCUCUUGAUUCUGUUCUUCAUUUUAAUCCAAACCAUUAUUUUUGACACUAAUCUAUGCUUUGACAUUCGUGCCUCACACUGGCUCCUCAUCGACUGUUACUUGACUGCUGUAACUGGACAUAUUCUCUGAGAUCAUGUGAGAAAGCAACUGCCAAAUAUUAUUUUGUAGCAGAUAUUAUUUAGAAUUGUAGCAAGUAAAACACUUGUGGUGAUUGAAACAUGUCAGUUCACACAUACUGUAUACUAAAAAGUAAUAUAUUUGUGCCAUUCAGGUAAGGGCAGAGCAUAUUGCUCUUUUUAACUCUGUUUUUCUUUAUUUAAAGGGUACCUGACUAUACACUAACAUUAUAUAGAUUAAUACUGGUAUUGGCUAUAUGAAUGUGAAAUUAAAAAGUACAAAUGUCAACUUUAAAAAAAUCUUUUGACUCAGAGGCCGGCGUUUUGUUUACAUGCAAUACUUAAUCAAAACCCGUUGUAUUAAAGUGCACCUAUUUUAUUGCUAAAAUACGUUAUUUUGUGUAUUUGGUAUAAUACAAUGUGUUCGCAUGGUUUAUAGUUAAAAAAACAUUAUUUUCCACAUACCGUACAUUUUUGUAGCUCCAGAUUUACCUGUCUUCCUGAAACACUCGGAUUUUGUACAAAACUCAUCGAUUUGAAAAGUCCCUGAUUGGUCAGCUAAUCUGUAUGUUGUGAUUUGCCUGAAGACCUCAGACGUCAGCCGGAAAUGUGACGCUUCUUACCAUGUUUGAAAGAUUCGUGCACAAUGCAAUGCUAACAGGAGUUAACUUACAGGCUGAGUCAAAAGCUGGAGGAAUUAUGAUAAUGUCGGUUUUCUGUACAUCACCAAUCCCAGGAAGUAAACUGUUGCCUACAAUCCGUGUGUUUGUUGUAGUCCAAGAAAAAAGAUUUACAUUGGAUACGAUAACUUGCGUCAUCGUUUACUUUGGGGUUUGUACUUUUUGCUUAUCGUUAACAUGUACUAAUACACACUUACACACCAAAGAAAAUGUAAAAUCGUGAAUCAGACGAUAGUUACAAGUCUUUAAGUAGAUUGUUAAAUGAUGUGAAACAGAAGAUGAGAGUUAUAAAUGCACACAGUCAUUAAAAAUACAUCAACGUUUUCUGUUCACCUCUUCAAUAUGAAACUGAGAGUAACAUAAAUGAUAAACAAUAUAGAAAACAUACAAAUGAAAGGGAGUGAGGAGUAAAACACAUGAAAAACUAUAUUAUAGAUACCAUAGUAUUUAAUAUAGCCUAGUAAACUGUAGUAAUAUUUUGUGAACUAGUAAUGAAAAUAUUUAAUGUUUUCUAUACAAAAUAUGAAGUAUUAAAGCACACAAGUCUUCAUAGUCAAGGUACCCUUUAAUGUUUUAGAGAGGCUGUGAUCUAUGUACAGGUAUUUUUUAAGUUUGAAUAAUUGAUCACAUGAUCUUAGUAUGAUUAGUUUGAAAUAACUACCUUAUAUAUCUGCCAGGCCUAUUGACACAUAAACUAAUAUACAGAAUUGACACAUUCAUUUAUAUGCAGGAGACGACCAACAACAGCACUUACAGACUUUCUUUUAGCUGAAACUUGAAUGUUUAAAUCUUAACGCACAUCUAAAAGAUGCUCUUGUAUUGUGUCUUAGUUUCUGUUUUUCAAGUGUGUUGUAUAACUAGCUAGUUUUUAUUUUCUGUUUGCCCAUUAGGCAACAAGAAGGCAAUCAAUGUAUAAUGUUCCUAUUAUUACACAAAAUAAUAUGGUUUUGUGUAUGUGUUACUGUUCUAACAUGAUAAAUAACAUUUUAGAAUAGUCACAUAUUGUGUUUAUACAGAUGUAAUAGAGUAAAGAUCAAUAAAUAAAUCAACACAAUCAUCAUACUUGCUUACUAAAAGUAUGUAGUUAAAGAAAUAUAGAGGAAUUAUUGACUAAACUAGUAGUCCUGUACUGUGUGUGUUAAGAACGUCUAGACAUGUGUAUUGUGUACAAAUACAUUACAAAUAUUGUGCAGGAAUCAAGAAAGUGUUCAUCUUCUAUAAUCUAUAGUGUGUAUUAUACAUUAUGAUACAACUUAAAAUGUUAAGUAAACAUUUUAGGCGAGAUGGUGGUUUUGCAAGAUGCUAUGUACUCAUUUGUAUUGAGGAUAAUAACACAACUACACUCUAAUGAUCUUUUAAUUAUACAAUAUGUUUUGUGCAUAGAAUAAGUACAACAAUAAGCUUGAAUCUUCUGCCUUAAUGACUCACAUCAUGCUGCUAAAUCUCACAGCGGUCACAACUUUACUGAUCAUACAGAACAUACUGUACCGUGGCCUCUUUUAAAGGCUGUUUGUUGGUGAAGAUUUCUGGGUGAUCUUGACAAUCAGCAUCCUUUUGUCAGAGUAGUCUGUUAAAUACGGAUGUAAACGUGCCACAUGUACCCUACCGGCAGGAUAUAAGCUAAUCGGAUGGUUCUUACAGUCUGUUUUUUUAUCGCUUUUUGUUUUAGAUUGAAUAAGAGAGAAUGCAACUGAGUUCAAUGCAUGUGUAUUUGUUUGUUUGUUUUUGUGAAAGGAGGAGACUCCCGGUACCGUAUCUGUAUUCCUCUGUGCAGCUCUAGAUGAAAAUUAAUGUCAGUUUGAUUAAUGUUUCAUUAAAGAUCUUGAUUUCAUUUCAGAA